CCACUGAUUUCAUUUUGAAUUCUUCACCAUCUUUUAUUCUCCUUCCUUCAUCUUCAACCUCGAAACCCUAGAAAUUCCUCUGCGAAAUCUUCUUUUUGCUUUUUUCUUGCCAAAUCCAGUAAAUUCUCUUCUAUAUCCGUUUCUUGUUUUGAGAGUGACGAUGCAGAGCGAGAUAAUUGACGAUUCAGGGCUUUCCACCGGAGAAACAGCAGAAACGAGAACGAGAAUGAAUCUAUCUCAAGAAGUCGACGACUACAUCAAAGACACAAUUGAUCACUCCUUAGGGCUUCCGAUCUCCAUGGAAGCUCUCGAGAAAAAGCUGUAUACAGCUGAAGAAUCCCAACGACGUCUCCGAGACAAGUAUCUCGCUCUUGUUUCUCGACUAAAGGAGAAAGACCAUGUUAUUGAUCGAGUUAGGUCCGAAACGAGUAUGAAUGCGCAGGCGUUGAAGAAAUUCGUUGACGAGAACCAGAAAUUGGCUGCUGAGUGUGGGAAUUUGUUGGGUCAGUGUAAGAAAUGGGAAAGAGAGUGUUUGCUUUAUCAUCAAGAUCGCGACGCAUUGAUGGAAUUCGGGAAUGAAUCUGAUGAGAGGGCUAGAGAAGCAGAAGCUAGGGUUCGUGAAUUGGAAGAUGAAAUAGGAAGAAUGUCUGAGGAAUUGCAGAUUUUCAAGCGUCAAAUUGGGACUAGCGAAGUUGAGAAGUGCACACCAUUAGAAGAAGAUUUGCUUGAUUCAGUUUUGGGAUCACUCAUAAGCAAAGAAGAAACUAUAUUGGGGCGUCUCUUCUUAGAGGCAAACAUUCAAGACCAAUCAUGCCAAACUUUGUUGAGCAAGUGGGAUCACUUAAGGCCUUCAACGCAAAAGGCUCUUGCUUUAGUUUCAAGGGCAAAGAAAUUUCAACAAGAAAGAGAAUGCAUUAUCAUGAAUCUCGCUAAAGCCGAGCAAGAGGCAGAGCUUGUGAGCACGCAAAACCGAAAGCUGGAUAAAGAAAACCGUAAGCUGCUAAGGCAACAACAAAGCCCUCUUGGUUCUGCAGAGACAAGCCGCAAAAGCGCAUCUGCCAAGUCAAACAAGAGAAAGAGUCCGAAGAUGAUGAGCAGCCCCCUCGAGAAGAAGCUUGAGUUUAGCAGCAGUCCGGAAAUUAGCAGGAAGCCUCUUUCACCUGUGUGGAAUAACUAGGUUGAACAAGAAGUGAUGAUAAAUGAAUCAAACAUGUGUCUCUGUAUUAUCCAUGUGUGUGUCUUUGUAGGAAGGAGAAACCAGAUUCAGAUUAUUACAUCGUCGCUUCACUGAAGCUACUUACCAACAUGUAUUGCUACAAAAGUAUGACCAGAAAAGCAUGUUUCUAACUAAUGAUAAGCUUCUACAAGAAAAAUGUGAAGCCUCAUAGAAGGUGAAAUCAUUUAUAGAAAAAGUGAUAUCAUGUUAUUCGGGUUUAUGAAAUAUUGAUUUGGUUGGGUUUCGUAUUUGGUUUGAUAUAAAUUUUGAAAAAUAAC